CUUCGGUUUCUUCUUCUUCUUCUUCUGAAUUUCUUCUCCCAUGGCUUCCUUAGCAAUCUGACUUUCUCUCUCUCCCCUCCUCACCUUCUCUCUCUGUAUCUCUCCCCUUCCUGCCGAGAUACGACAUUGGUGAACUGUGCAAUUUUUUCAUCAGAUCUUCCGUCUUCUCGAAUUCUGCUUAAUCUCCUGAUUAAUUUAAUAGAUGGUUUUGACAUUCUUUUAGGUGGGAGUUGUUCGAGUUAGAUGUUGAUACUAUCAGGAAAUUAGGUGUUCGAUUCUUGCAGAGGUUUAAUGGAACUGUUCUUGUAGAUGAUGCUUGCUGAUUGCAGCUUGUAGAGGCUGCAUUCAAGAAUGUUGCUUACGUUUCAGCUUAUAUUUAGUCAGUCCUAUGAUGAAAAGCGGGUUUUGGUCGACAAUAUAUAUUUCUUGCUACAGUCUAGCGGUAAGCCAUUUAUGCACACUGGUGGCCGUUCUUGUGCUAAAAGAGUAGACACCUCUUCGGUGUGGAGGUUGUCAGAAGUGAAUUGACAAAUUCCUUUCUGUGCUGUUGCUAAAAGGGAAAUAAUGGAAAGGUAUAAAGUUUUGGAAGAGCUUGGAGAUGGUACUUGCGGUAGUGUAUAUAAGGCCUUCAAUAUGGAAACAUAUGAAGUUGUUGCCGUAAAGAAAAUGAAGAGAAAAUAUUACUAUUGGGAAGAGUGCAUGAAUCUACGAGAAGUAAAGGCUCUUCACAAGCUUAAUCAUCCCAAUAUCAUAAAGUUGAAGGAGGUUGUGAGGGAAAAUAACGAACUCUUCUUCAUCUUUGAGUGCAUGGAACACAAUCUUUAUCAAAUAAUGAAAGAACGGGAAAGACCCUUUUCUGAGGGAGAAAUAAGAAGUUUUAUGUCUCAGAUGCUGCAAGGGCUAGCUCAUAUGCAUAAAAAUGGCUAUUUCCAUCGAGAUCUGAAACCAGAGAACUUGCUGGUGUCAAAUAAUAUCCUGAAAAUUGCCGACUUUGGACUGGCUAGAGAAGUUGCAUCAUUGCCUCCUUACACCGAAUAUGUCUCCACGCGUUGGUAUCGAGCUCCAGAAGUUUUACUGCAGUCUUCGUCAUACACUCCUGCUGUCGACAUGUGGGCAGUGGGAGCAAUAUUAGCCGAGCUUUUCACUUUAUCCCCAAUAUUCCCUGGUGAAAGCGAAAUAGAUCAAUUAUACAAGAUCUGUUGUGUUCUUGGUAACCCGGACUGGACCUCUUUCCCUCAAGCGAAAGGCAUAUCUCGAAUAAUCAGUAUUAGUCAUUCAGGGCAGUUUCCACGGACACGAAUUUCUGAUCUCAUCCCUAAUGCUUCCCUUGAAGCUAUUGACUUAAUCACUCAACUUUGCUCAUGGGACCCUCUGAAACGACCAACUGCAGAUCAAGCACUACAGCAUCCAUUUUUCAAUAUGACAAUGGGGGUUUCAUAUCCACUUCAUGACCUUGAGCUGAGGCUUAAUAAUACGGGAGAAGUGCCAAAUCUUGAGCUAAACCUCUGGGACUUUGACACAGAACGGAACGAAUGUUUUCUCGGUUUGACACUUGGUGUAAAACCAAGUGCUCCUAAGCUAGAAAUGGUCCACAGUGUAUCUCAGGGUAUGACCGAGAAUAUUCUGUUCUGCUCGGGCGUCAACGAAGACACUGAACCAUCUGUUUUCUGGUCACUUGUCUCUCCUCCUGAUCAAAAUGGCCUCCAUGCCCCGGAUCUAUCUCUCUCCUUCAGUCCGAUUCAGCAGCACGCGUCGAUUGGACAGCCACAGUCGACGGGCUUCGCCAUUGCUUCCUCACUGCAAUCCAACAUCUUAGACCGCCCGUUACUGGCCGUUUCCGCCCCGUUUCAGCCGAGCCGUUACCUCUGAAACACUCCGUGGAAACGGUACGUAAAAAAAAAAAACCCAACUACUACUACUACAAAAAAAGAAAGAACAGAUCUGUGAAGAGUUGUUGUCUGGGCAAAAGAAGAGAGAACAUAAGUAUGAUGAUGACAUGAUCUUCCUAUUUGUCUUUUAGCCCUUUUUUUUUUUGGUUCUAUACUCUGUAAAGCUUUUGAUUCGGUUAACCAUCCAAUUCAAAAAAAAAAUGUAUAGAUGGAAAGAGAUUUAUUUUACUGGUUGAUUAAAUAAUUUGUGUCAAAGAUGUUUGAGUCUUUGUUUUAUGUUUUGGGAUCCGACGAAUUUGAUGUAUAAGGUUAAUCAUAUAUGGAUAUGGUAAGAGAAUUAUGGUA